AUGGAUGAGCUGGCCUACGCCCUCAGCGGCGAGAACGCCCACUACGGCACGCCCCUCAACGCCGCGGCCCCGGGCCGCGUGCCUGGCGGCUCGACGUCCGGACCCGCGUCUGCGGUGGCCGCCGGCGAGGCGGACCUGGGUCUGGGCACCGACACCGGCGGCAGCGUGCGCGUGCCCGCGUCGUACUGCGGACUCUGGGGCCUCCGCACGUCCCACGGCCGCGUGCCGCUCCUCGGCGCGCGCGCGCUCGCCCCCAGCUUCUCCACCGCCGGCCUGCUGGCUCCCGGCGCGCCGCUGCUGCGCCGCGCCGGCGCCGCGCUGCUCGCGGGCGCAGCCGGCGGCGCCGCGCCGCUGCCCGGCUGCGGGGGCGGGGGCGGCGCGCAGCGGGCGCCGCGGCUGCUGGUCGCGUCGGACGCGUUUGGGCUGGCUCUGCCGGAGGCAGAGAGUGCCCUCAGGGCGGCCCUCACCGCCGCAUCUGCGUCGGGCGCGCUGGAGGCACCUGAGGAGCUGGACGUUGGCGCCAGCUUGGAGGGGCUCACGGGUUUGGGCGCAUGGUUUGACGUCUUCCGGAUCGUGCAGGGCUGGGAGGCCUGGUCAAACUAUGGCGGCUGGAUGACGGAAAACGACCUUUCCCUGGGCCCGGGCGUGAGGGAGCGCUUCCAGCUGGCGGCGAAGAUUAGUCAGGAGGAGCGGGACCAGGCGGCCGCACAGCGGGCAAGGAUCCGCGCCCACCUGCAGCAGCUGCUGGGCGCAGACGCCGUGCUGGCGCUGCCCUCGGCCCCCGGCCCCGCGCCGCCGCUCGGCCUGCCCGGCCCCGCCCUCAACGACUGGCGGAGCCGAGUGAUGAGCCUCACGUGCAUCGCCGGCCUGGGAGCGCUGCCGCAGGUCAGCAUGCCUGUGGCCAGGGUAGACGGCCUGCCAGUGGGCCUCAGCCUCAUUGGGCCGCCUGGGUCUGACGAGUCAUUGCUGGAGCUUGCCGAGAGGAUCCAAUCCGCCGCGCCUUGA